AUGGACGUCUUUCAUUCAUUAGUCGACAUCUCCAAGCCUUCAUUGCUCCUUUCCCUGGCAGCGAUAACCUUCAACCCAACCGCAUGGAAUGUCGUCGCGAGAAACGAGUACCGAAACAAGACCAUCACGCGCAUUUUCGGCAGCCCAAAGGCAGGAUGCUACUUUCUCGCUCUGAUGAUUUUUUUAUUCGGCAUGGUGAGGGAUUAUUUGUUCCACGCUGCGCUGGCAGAGCAGCCGAGGGUGGAACUGCUACCAGAGCCGUAUAACAAGGCGCUGCCGUUGACGUUGAUAGGUACAGGGCAGCUGUUGGUGGUGUCGUCGACGUGGGCGCUGGGUAUCACUGGCACGUUUUUGGGAGAUUACUUUGGGGUCCUUAUGGACCAUAGGGUAGAAGGAUUUCCGUUCAACGUCUUGAAUGACCCCAUGUACGUUGGUAGCACCAUGUGCUUCCUUGGUGUGGCGUUGUGGGAAUCCUCCCCUGCAGGCCUUUUCAUCACACUCUACGUAUACAUAGUCUACAUUAUUGCUCUGCGAUUCGAAGGGCCCUUCACUGACAUGAUAUACUCAAAACACGCCGAGGACCAAGCCAAGGCGUCCAAGAAAGAUUAAUGAAUUUAUGACGCGACAUACCGACUCUCAUCAGUCGUAUUCUAGAUUUUUGGGAAGCAGGCUGGUUUCAACUCCUGUUGGCAUGAAUAUAUUCCCUAAUAUCACUCUCUUGGAUUCCGUACAUACACCACAGAAGUAUAAUGUCUGGCGUUGUGUAUGAGCUCACCAUUUUUAUUUGACUAUCGAGGAUGCGGCUUCAACAAUCUGAACAAACGUAUUUCACAACGCUAAGAAUAUAAUACAUCAUACAUACAUGUCGAAAACUGAUACACCGAAAAGAAAAUGGCAGAUGAUC